GUGAGCUGCUACGUGACUGGAUGGCUGCGUAGGUGCUGGAACAAGUAAACGAGGCAGCGAGCGAAGGACGGCAGUCGGACCCUGGGCCCCGUGGAACUCCAGCCCGCGCCACCACGUCACGCACACGCUCGGCGCUGCGAUCCGCGCUUAUAACGGUUAGUUGGGUAACAGCCGGCGGCACGCGGCGCGGACCCCACGGUGCCCUCGCUUCCCUGGUGGGGUCGGAGGGGACCUCCGGGGUUGGGAGACUUUGUCUCUGGGGGAGGGAGGCGGCCCAGCAGAGGGCAUCGUGGUCACAGGCAGUCGCGUGGCCUCGGACUGCAGUGCUGGUGAAGGAGACCUUGAGGCGCUGGGGACAGCGCCUCUCUCAGCCGAGCCGCGGGCCUCGUGGUCAUAUGCCGGCCCCUGGCCUGGCCGAGGAGUUGGGUCGUAGUGCCCGGUGACGUUGGGGAAGUCCCCUUCCCCUCUAAGUCUUCAAUAGGCUCCUCCAGAGAUGCUUUGAUCUGGAAAAGGGAUAACAUGAGGCUGCUUCAUGUGGUACCUCCAGACUCUUCUGGCCGCUUCUGUUCCAAGGGAAGGGACUCGGGGCAGGAAUUAUUUAUGACUCGUGACAUUGUCCGCCCCAACCUUCUUGGCCGACCGAUCCUUGCCCCACGUGGUGACUUGCGAGAGUGAUGCGGAGAGCCUCAUUCCCCACAGCCAAGGCGUGACUGCAGGGUUCGAGUAGACUUUGCGGAGGGGACGGGGCAGCCCGCAGACUCCUGGGAGUGGUGCUGACGGGGGCUCUUUGUCAUUCAACCUGUGGCUGCCAGCGUCCGCCGCAGCACCCUUCUACUCAUGGACUUAAGGCGGCCCUGUUGAGAGAAAUCUGGAGGAUAGCGUUUACACUUGGUCCGAUGCAAGCUUUUUGUUCCAAAUAUUUGUGUUUGACUUGCGUUUUGGAAUUUAUCUACACUUAAAAUGCCACCAGCAGUUGGAGGUCCAGUUGGAUACACCCCCCCAGAUGGAGGCUGGGGCUGGGCAGUGGUAAUUGGAGCUUUCAUUUCCAUCGGCUUCUCUUAUGCAUUUCCCAAAUCUAUUACUGUCUUCUUCAAAGAGAUUGAAAGUAUAUUCCAUGCCACUACCAGCGAAGUAUCAUGGAUAUCCUCCAUAAUGUUGGCUGUCAUGUAUGGUGGAGGUCCUAUCAGCAGUAUCCUGGUGAAUAAAUAUGGAAGUCGUAUAGUCAUGAUUAUUGGUGGCUGCUUGUCAGGCUGUGGCUUGAUUGCAGCUUCUUUCUGUAACACUGUACAGGAACUGUACUUCUGUAUUGGAUUUGUUGGAGGUCUUGGGCUUGCCUUCAACUUGAAUCCAGCUCUAACCAUGAUUGGCAAGUAUUUCUACAAAAGGCGACCAUUGGCCAACGGACUGGCCAUGGCAGGCAGCCCUGUGUUCCUCUGUACUCUGGCCCCCCUCAAUCAGGUUUUCUUUGGUAUCUUUGGAUGGAGAGGAAGCUUUCUAAUUCUUGGAGGCUUGCUACUAAACUGCUGUGUCGCUGGAGCCCUCAUGCGACCAAUCGGGCCCAAACCAACCAAGGCAGGGAAAGAUAAGUCUAAAGCAUCCCUUCAGAAAGCUGAAAAAUCUGGUGUAAAAAAAGGUCUGCAUGAUGCAAAUACGGAUCUUAUUGGAAGACACCCUAAACGGGAGAAACGAUCAGUCUUCCAAACAAUUAAUCAGUUCCUGGACUUAACCCUAUUCACCCACAGAGGCUUUUUGCUAUACCUCUCUGGAAAUGUGAUCAUGUUUUUUGGACUCUUUGCACCUUUAGUGUUUCUUAGUAGUUAUGGGAAGAGUCAGCAUUAUUCUAGUGAGAAGUCUGCCUUCCUUCUUUCCAUUCUGGCUUUUGUUGACAUGGUAGCCAGACCAUCUAUGGGACUUGUAGCCAACACAAAGCCAAUAAGACCUCGAAUUCAGUAUUUCUUUGCGGCUUCUAUUGUUGCAAAUGGAGUGUGUCAUAUGCUAGCACCUUUAUCCACUACCUAUGUUGGAUUCUGUGUCUAUGCGGGAUUCUUUGGAUUUGCCUUUGGGUGGCUCAGCUCCGUAUUGUUUGAAACACUGAUGGACCUUGUUGGACCCCAGAGGUUCUCCAGCGCUGUGGGAUUGGUGACCAUUGUGGAAUGCUGUCCUGUCCUCCUGGGGCCACCACUUUUAGGUCGGCUCAGUGACAUGUAUGGAGACUACAAAUACACAUACUGGGCAUGUGGCAUCGUCCUAAUUAUUUCCGGUAUCUAUCUCUUCAUUGGCAUGGGCAUCAAUUAUCGACUUUUGGCAAAAGAACAGAAAGCAAACGAGCAGAAAAAGGAAAGUAAAGAGGAAGAGACCAGUAUAGAUGUUGCUGGAAAGCCAAAGGAAGUUACCAAAGCAGCAGACUCUCCGGACCAGAAAGACACAGAAGAAGGGCCCAAGGAGGAGGACAGUCCAGUCUGAAUCCAUGGGGCUGAAGGGUAAAAUUGAGCAGUUGAUGACCCAGGAUAUCUGAAAAUAUUCUACUGGCCUGUAAUCUACCAGUGGUGCUCAAUGCAAAUAGUAGACAUUUGUGUGGAAAUCAUACCAGUUGUUCAUUGGUGGGAUUUUUGUUUGACUCCUUACCAAUAGCCUGAAUUUAAAAUGACAUAUGCUUUGAGGAGGGAGUGAUUGGUAGCAAAAGAUGCGGGAAAGAAGUAGGUUUUGUUUUGUUUUGUUUUAAUCUUCGCUUUUAAUAGUGUCAUAAAGAUUAUAAUAUGUGCCUUAAGUUUUAGUCAUUAGAACUCUAGAGAGCCUUAACUUCUUAAACCAUUUUUGCUGAAUUCAUCUAUUUCGAGUGUUGUGUUAAAAGGAAAAUAACAACUAGCUUGUUUGAGGCAAAUCCAAAAUUUAAAAUUAAUCUUGCUUCAUUGUUACAUGUAAUAUAUUUCAGACAUUUUCACUGGAAGAUUUAUGAACAGAAAUAUUGGUUGAAAAUUAGAGAUUUUAUAAAAUGCUGACAAAUAUUUUCCUAGCAUCAGUAGAUUUCUGGCAUAUGUUUCUGCUAGCUACAUAUUUAGGAAAUUCAAAGCAUAAAACUUUGGCAACAUCUUGGCUGUUCUAGACACAGUGUACUUGUCAACCCCUCUCAGGUACCUUUUCUUGAGAUGCUUAUUAGAAGCCAAGUGCAGUGCUUAAGGUUUGUUUUCAUUAAAUUAGCUAUUUUUGCUCCCCUGUUCAAAGAUGCAUUUUGAGUGUUUAUAGAUCACUGCCCUUUUUGAAAUCACCUGGUAUUAUUUUUCUCACUGGAAAAGUUAGUAUUAAAAUCUACAAAACUACAUAUUUGUGCCUCCUUGGUAAAUACAACACACCUAAUUAAAUGUAGACAGAUAUUUCAAACAUCAGCUGAAUUCACUUAAGUUUUUCCAAAACCUCAGUUAAACUGUGAAGCUAUUGGAAUUUUUUUUUCCUGGAAUUUUUCCCCUUUGAUUCACAGUGGUCCCAUUUAUAUCUGCUUCCAGCUUAGUGCUAUGCAUAAGAUAUGUGUGUGUUUGGUGUUUUGUUGUGCUGGUUUUUUUGUUUUUUUGUUUGUUUUUUUUUUUAAUUUUAUUUUUUAAUGUUUGCAAAUUAAAAAGGGCCAGAAAAAUUUGGCACCAGACAAACGAAUAAAGAUAGGAUUGGGGAAGAAGUUGCUAAGUGUGCUUAGUUUUAAUAAGUAAUUCUUUCUCUUUUUUCAGAGAAGGCCUUACAGAAAAUCGUUGUUGAAUUGUUGGAUGCAUUCUUACUCUCCACACAAACCUAGAAAUUUCGUGACCCCUUUCACUUACCUGAAAAUUAGAGAAAUUGAUUCAGUAUAAGGAUAAGGAGGGAAGGUGGACCAGAAUGAAAACUGUAAAUAUUUUUUUAACCUAAUAUCACUUAAAUCGAGGCAGAAAGAUAUAGAUAUUCAAUGAAUUAUAUUCAAUGCAUUUAAAAUACCACUGUAAUUGACAGAGUUAAAAGCAUAGAUACAAAACCUUGUGUAAGAGGCUGACUUUUCCAAAUAAACAUUUUUUAAGAAAA